AUGCAGCUUUCAAUUAGCUGGUUUUCGUGUCGUUUUUUUUCGAGGACCAAACUCGCACUGCGUGUGUUCCGUGCAUUGAAGUCCUUCACAAUAAUUUCCAACCAGAGGCGUGCAUUAAUGGCCGUGGUGGGACAUCGACACAGGGAGCAUCUUCUCCACACAGCCUUUAUCUGUUGGUCUGCCUGUCUGGACGGGAAGUCGCGAGAGGACUCAAUCGCUUCCCGCAGUGACAAAAAACUCCUGGCGAAGGCACUGCGUGUCUGGGUUCGUCAUUGCCAAGGCCUCCGCAAGGCUGCUGACAAAACGUGUGCCGUGGUGUUGCAUUAUCAAAUGACCCUGCUUAGACGUUGCAUGCAGUCGUGGAUGGAAUUCUAUGCUAGGCGAAACGAAUUAAAGGCGUUUGUAGUCCACUUUAAAGUGAGUUUAGUCACCGACAACUCGCAGUACCUAUCAGCUCCUCUAUUUACCAUGUGGUGCUUUUGCGAACAUUUUGGAUGCUCCCACCGUUUUCCGGAAUCAAAGGAUGCGAGACUUCUCCGUGCAACCUUUCGAGAAUGGGUGUCAAUGAUUGCUAGACAAAGGAGGAUUCACCGGUGCUAUCUCAGUGCCUGCGCUCUCCGCCAGAAGCACAUAAUUCGUAGAUUUUUCUCAUGUUGGCACCAGUAUACUUUGAAGAAAGCUGGUAUUUUGGAACUAGCGGAAGCUAAGUGUCACCAAUAUAAAAAACGUCUGCUUGAGAAAGUGCGUCCUCCUCUAACCAUCUUGGCUUUUUAA